AUGGCAAGUCCUUUAAGGCCACUCCAGGUCGCCAUUCAGCGGUAUCCGUCCACGAUCGUGGCUGAAACGAUGUCUUGUACACUGGGACAGCGUCCUAAUCUGUCCGAACAUGAAAUUACUGGUACUCGCUCAUUAUUUGAGCUUGUUCGUGGUUACCUUUCUGGGCUGAUAGCUCACCUGAUGUCAGUCAUACAACGGUGCAAAUAUAUGAUCGCAUGGCCAAAAUCUCCAGUACUGGAGGAGAACGCAAUAGAAGUGUCAGAAGGCGGCGAAUCCUCUUUGUUGCUCCUAACAGGUUAUGGCCUCCGGCUGAAUACUAUCGACCACAAUAACAUCAGUGGCAUAAUCACUGUCCAUGCUGACUCGCACUCACAUCUUCAGAAGAUUAAGAGCGGGGGAAAGAUAGAAGCUGAAAUAAACACAUCAGCAGGCUAUGGUUAUCGGCUAUUCCCCGACUGGCAAACAUCAUACCUUUGGUAUGACCCUUUGUGGCUCCAAAAUCCUACUAAUGAAAGCCACAUCGAUGAAAAGACGAUCGAGGAUCGUUAUCCUACUUUAGCGCCUUUCUACUUGGCCUGGAGGGACAUCUAUGAAAAAUCAUUCGAGCAACAAGGAUGUGAUAGGGGCAGUGGAUUGGAACCCUUCCCUGACAUUGCUGAUCGUGUAGCCUGGGAGGUAGAAGGCUUUCUGAUCGCUUGCUGGCUAGUGCUGCAGGAUGAUACAGAACGAGUGACAUAUACCAUUCUGGCGGGCACCUAUCAGAUUGACAAGAAGAGCACGGACUCGGUUUUGCGGCAGUUCCUGAUAGAUGAAGACGACAUCAUCAGACGUGACGAUCACUGA